AUGGCAUUAAAAUUCUACCUGGGUCUCACUUCCUUCGUUCUCUCAUUUUUCGCGGUUUUCCUGAACGUGCUUAUAUUUCGUCCCGUAUUCCGAUUGGCAUUCAUUGAGAAAAAGAGUUCGAUAUAUAUAAUUGCAUUUUUCAAUAUCAUUUCUGACCUACUUCAACUUCUUAUUGUAUGUUUGUACCUGUCGCCAAAUAUCAUGCAAAAUGACUACAUUUUAACUGGAUCCCAGACCAGUGUAUCGAAUAUUUUCGUCGGUUGGAUUUUCGUUAAUGCCUGGUAUAUCGAGUGUUUUGUGCAGGUUGUCAUGGCUGUUAAUCGAUACGUCAUUCAAUUUGUGUUCAUCUCUGUGUUCUACGUAUUCACUUGGAUUUUUUUCGAAGUGUUCCCUCGUGUGGUUCCUGACGACAAACUUGAAUAUUUCUGGGUUAUCGCACUUUUGGUGACCCUCAAUGCUUCAUCCAACUCUGUGAUUUUUCUAACUUGUAAUAAGGACGUCAAAAGAUCGAUCAACUUUCCAUGGGCCAAGAACAAGAUUCAUAAUUUGACGGUUUUGCCUUAA